AAUAAAAUACGAGCAAACCGGAAGCACAACAGACCUACAAGCCGUCCCAGAUGCGGCUGUUGAACUUGCCUCAAUCUCCGGUUCAAAGAUGGAACAGAUGAGCCGUCGUCUUCUGCAAAACACAUUCACGUGUGAAUUAUGUGGUUUGUCUACCCCUUUCACAUACUUUGGCCAGAAACCGCCCAAUACCAGAGCCAUUGUGCUGUUAGAGGAGUGUUUUGUGACCAAGGACCCUUUCAGUCCGGACAAGGAGAGGUUUCUAGUUCUGGGUUCUAAUUGCAGCCUCUGCGGCAGCUCUGCUUGCGUCGGUUCGAACUGCAGUCUCUUCUACACCGCACGUUUCUGUAUGCGUUGUGUCAACAAAAACCUCCACCAGUUUCCCGGUCCGAUCCAGAAAGAACUAGGCAAGAAGAACCCGACCUCCUUGCCAGCGGUCCCCUGA